CAGUCAUCGUUGUACAAAGUGAGCGAAUUUGAGGACGGUGAAUUGAAAAGUGACAAAUCCAAGAGAUUCAAUCCCAAAUUUGCGGUCGGUUCGGAUAAGGUGGAUCAGUUGGAGGAGAGUGAACAACGUCUGAGACGUGAGAAUGUAGACGCUAGUCCACAACGACGAUGGAAACGAAUUGAAUCGAGUGACUUUGGUGAGUCCUUAUUUGUUUUGUUCGUCUGUUACAUAGUCGUAUUCCAUAUUUCAGUUGUUUUCGUGAAACCGUACGAUUCAUCGUCUGGAAAUAGCUUCUUCUACUUGUUAUGGUUAUCUAUAGCCGCAUUGGCUGUGUUCGUUGCUUACAUGAAGUAUCGGCGGAAUCGGACGAAAUUCUGGAAGACUUUCUACUAUUAUAACGAUUACAAAUUGUGA